CAGACAAUCGCAUUGAGUCGGCAGGCACACCGACACAUCUGCCAACUCGAUCCGCCGCCGUGGACGCCCCCCUCGCGUUGCCGGGCAGCGGCGCCCCUUCCAGCUGAGAGGCUCGGGAUACUUGGAGUGCCGGGGGUGACGUCAGCGCUCCAGACGGGAAGGCGGUCGGAUCCCCUCAGUCAUCCCUGGGAAGAGGCGACGGCGCCCGGGCUGGCAGCAUCUCGGCCUCGCGUGGCAUCAGGCGGACACGGCAGAUCGCGCGCGGCCCUAUGAAAUCUCCCGACCGGAUCCUGUCCGCUGUUCGGGUUGGGAAGCUGCGUGCCGGCGUACAUCCAAACCUCCCGAGGAAGCGCCGAAAGAAAGCAGCCGGACUGCAGCAGCGGCAGGGCGCGGGGGUGGAGGACGAAGAUGGCCGGGAAUGGUAGCGGUUUUGUUUCAGGAUCGGGAGAAAUCGUGCAGCUCAACGUCGGCGGGACCAGGUUCAGCACUUCCAGGCAGACUCUUAUGUGGAUUCCAGACUCUUUCUUCUCAAGUUUGCUUAGUGGAAGAAUUUCAACGUUAAGGGACGAGACAGGAGCGAUUUUCAUUGAUCGUGAUCCUACAGCCUUUGCCCCCAUCUUGAAUUUUCUUCGAACCAAAGAACUAGACCUAAGAGGGGUGAAUAUCAACGUUCUACGUCAUGAAGCUGAAUUUUAUGGAAUUACGCCAUUAGUAAUACGACUGCUACUUUGUGAAGAGCUUGAACGGUCGUCAUGUGGCAGCGUUCUUUUCCAUGGAUACCUUCCUCCUCCUGCAAUUCCCAGUCGAAAGGUGUGCCCUUCUGCAGCCUCAGCCUCCACGGUGGAAGACCGAGCCUCCCAAACCUCUCAAGAAGCAAGCAGUUCCAGGACUUGUCCGCAGACCCCACUGGCAGGGGCUGCCGAGCGACCCACGCGGAUCGGUUCUCCUGUGGAUCCUCGUAAAGUGCUAAUAGUGGCUGGUCACCACAACUGGAUCGUUGCAGCUUAUGCCCAUUUUGUGGUGUGCUACAGGAUAAAGGAGUCGUCAGGGUGGCAGCAGGUCUUCUCUAGCCCUUACCUGGACUGGACAAUCGAGCGAGUCGCCCUGAAUGCCAAAGUGGUCGGGGGUCCUCAUGGCGACAAGGAUAAAAUGGUGGCUGUGGCCUCCGAGAGCAACAUUAUCCUGUGGAGUAUCCAGGAUGGCGGCAGUGGAAGCGAAAUCGGUAUGUUUAACCUGGGAGUACCGGUGGACGCUCUCUUCUUCAUUGGGAAUCAGCUGGUGGCAACAAGUCACACAGGAAAAGUCGGCGUAUGGAAUGCAGUGACGCAGCACUGGCAGGUGCAGGACGUCGUUCCAAUCACAAGCUACGACACUGCAGGAUCCUUUCUUCUCCUUGGAUGCAAUAAUGGAUCCAUAUAUUAUAUUGAUAUGCAGAAGUUUCCCUUAAGGAUGAAAGAUAACGAUCUUCUCGUGACUGAACUUUAUCACGAUCCUUCAAAUGAUGCCAUCACCGCCCUGAGCGUCUAUCUCACACCUAAGACUAGUGUAAGUGGAAAUUGGAUUGAGAUUUCCUAUGGAACAAGCUCUGGAGCGGUACGGGUGAUUGUGCAGCACCCGGAGACGGUAGGAUCUGGGCCUCAGCUCUUCCAGACGUUCACAGUCCAUCGCAGUCCCGUCACUAAGAUCAUGCUGUCUGAGAAGCACCUGGUUUCUGUGUGUGCAGAUAAUAACCACGUGCGCACUUGGACUGUGACGCGAUUCCGAGGAAUGAUUUCUACCCAGCCUGGCUCCACUCCGUUGGCUUCAUUCAAAAUUCUUUCCCUUGAAGAAACGGAGAGUCACUGCAGCUAUUCAGCUGGAAACGACAUUGGUCCGUAUGGGGAAAGAGAUGACCAGCAGGUUUUCAUUCAGAAAGUCGUCCCAAUUACAAAUAAGCUCUUUGUUCGUUUGUCGUCCACUGGCAAAAGGAUCUGUGAAAUUCAGGCAGUGGAUGGCACCACCAUUACCUCGUUUACUGUGCGAGAGUGCGAAGGCUCUAGCCGAAUGGGAUCGAGGCCCCGGAGGUACCUGUUUACUGGCCACGGAAACGGAAGCAUCCAGAUGUGGGAUCUGACGACUGCAAUGGACCUGGUGAACAAGGGCGAAGAUAAAGCCAAAAAGGAAACCGAUGUAGGCGGCCCUACAGAAGAAGAGCUGCUGGACCUACUAGACCAGUGUGACCUGAGCACGUCUCGCUCUGCCACCCCAAACAUCAGCCCUGCCACCUCCAUUCAGCAGCAGUCUCGGCUCAGGGAGUCGUGUUCCAGCCUACAGCUGCACUCUCAUGACACAAUGGCAGACAUCGCUACCUAUGGCGCUGUGAGGCCUUACAGGGAAAGCCCACUUUUGGCCAGAACAAGGCGCACAGAAAGUUUUCACAGCUAUAAGGAUUUCCAGUCUUUCACUUUAAGCAGAAGUCUCUUUGAGCGCGGAGGCUCCGAUCAUGGAAAUCUGUCCCUGAUGCCUUUAGCGGAGGUGAGGAGAUCCGUGCUUGACAACUGUCCUGUGGACAGAAGAAGUUUAGGAAUGGAUGUCUCUGCGAGUAGGAACUUAGACGGGCCAACAGAACCAGCCAGACCGCCAGUGGACAAUGCAACGAGUUCUAAGAAGAAGGGUCCAGAGGAGGAUACCGACGUCAAAUCAGAAGGCAAGAAAAAGAGCACUUUUGAUGGGAACUUUCUGGGGAGAAAGCGGGCGCCUCCACCCGCGCCCCCGCCAGCCUCGCCACCCGCUGGGGCAGAAGGAGGAAUCGACCCGGCCAGCCCCUCUUCUCCUCCUCCACCACCACCGCCGCCGUCAUCGUCAAACAAGGCAGCAUCUCCACACCAUAAAAAAGACGACUCAUCUUCUCAUGAGUACAGCUUAUAAGGAAGCAACGACGAGGCAAACGGACUCGGGACAUUUGAAAUGAGUGGGGAGUGUGAACGUCAAAGUUGUCUACUUGUAGAAACUGUAUAUGGAAUAUCAAGUAUUCUGCACGAGUGAACCUUGAAACAGGAUCGCCUCAACAUCUCGAGUGUAAUCCAGAAUUUGAUAACCCACAAUUCACGUAGAGCGGUUAAUAUCGUCUGCUGUCUUAAAAUGCACUUUAUAUAAAGAUGUAACUAAAACACAACAUUUUUGUAAGCUAGACAGAGUAUUCUGCAUGUAUUUAUUGUCUGCUGUUAAAUAAUACGCAAUGUAAUUAUUAUGACAAGGCCAUCCCAUAAUCCUCAUCCUGAUGAU